UAGCACCACCCGGAAGUGACGCGGACGUCAAUAAGAAGAAGACACAAGCAACAGUGUAUAGCGCAGCCCAGUUCAUCCUUUUUUUUAAUCUUUUAAAACAAAAAUACAACAUGUCUUCGGAUUUUGAAGCGUACGAGCAGGACUUUGGCACCCUCACUGCGGAUAUAACCAACAAAAUUGGAAGAAUACCCAAACUAGCCGGUGAGGAGAAGACACAGCUGGUUCUAAAUGUCGACAAACAGCUUGAAGAAGUCAGAGAGUUGCUCGAGCAGAUGGACCUGGAGGUUCGAGAGAUCCCUAUUCAGAGCCGAGGCAUGUACAGCAGCCGUCUGAAGAGCUACAAGCAAGAGAUGGAGAAACUUGAGAAAGAGUUUUUGAUAAAGUUACGUGAAGAGAGAGCACAUCUGUUGGACAACACAGAGAAGCUGGAAAGGUCAUCUCGGAGGCUGGAAGCUGGCUACCAGAUAGCAGUGGAAACCGAGCAAGUGGGACAGGAGAUCCUCACCAACCUGCACAGCGAUCGCGAGAAGAUCCAGAGAUCCCGUGAUCGGCUGAGAGAGACGGACGCUAACUUGGGCAAGAGCUCUCGGAUCCUGACCAGCAUGCUGAGAAGGAUCAUUCAAAAUCGUAUUCUGGUCUUCAUCCUGGGUGCCAUCAUCCUCCUCACCAUCGUCUUAGCCAUCUAUUUCAAUUUGCGAGGACACUGAUCUCCAUUGACUGGCCCUAUGCGUGCACGUGUGAGUGUGUACGAGCAUGUGUGUAUGAUUAAUAGUGACAAAAGUGCUGGGCUGGAGUAAUUAGGACAAAUUGUUCACAUGAAUCAUUCCUGGUGGGCAGUGACAGGGGGCCUCUCCUCACUGCUCUCGAGUGGAGCGGGACCGUUCUCACCCUCUCUCCCCUUAUAUUUAUGCUACGUCCAUUACUUUUAAAACUUACCGACCCAUAGA